AUGACGAAGACGAACCAUGGUCUUGCCUCGUCGAGGCGCAAGUCUCGCAAACUUCACUUCGGCGCCCCUUCCAGCGUGCGACGAACGAUUAUGAGCGCUCCCCUGAGCAAAGAACUAAGAGAAAAGCACAAUGUCCGCAGCAUCCCGAUCCGCAAGGACGACGAAGUCACGAUCGUGCGUGGCUCCAACAAGGGCCGUGAGGGCAAAGUCACCUCGGUCUACCGACUCAAAUACCUCAUCCACAUCGAACGCGUGUCCCGAGAGAAGUCAAACGGCCAAUCCGUCCCGAUCGGCGUACAUCCCAGCAAGGUUGUUGUGACGAAGCUCAAGCUCGACAAGGACCGGGAAAAGAUCUUGGAAAGGAUCGGCAAGGGCAGAGAGGCCGUGAAGUCCAAGGAGUAG